AUCAUUUGCAGAAGCCCGAGGUCUUCCAUUAACUGCCCGACGAAGGAGGUUGCUGGAUUUGACGAUGGACAUCACUGACUCGUCUGAUGAGGACAUCACUGACCACCCAAAUAUACAAGUGGGUACGGACAACAAGAUGACGGUAGACUCAAGCAAUGGAAUAAUUAACUGUAGACAAACGGGACACCGAAACACCAUAGUUCUAAAUCUGGACACAACACAUGAAUUGCCUGAAGACACAGAAGUAAACAUUAAAUUUGUGAUUCGUAAAGCAAAUGUUCCUACAGUUGAGACACACAUAGUCAUCAACGGAAAUCCUGCUGCCGAAGAGCGCAUGAACAGAGCAGCACACAACCGUGGGGUGUGGCAGAGUCUGCGACAGUUCUUCAACACACUGUAUGCUAGACUGGAACGGGUAUAUCGGGGUAGCGUGGUGAUAGAACUCCAGGUGACAGACGCCAACUUCCUUCAUUAUGUUGAGAAGGCAGCCAAGGGAGGGCAACUCAGUGAGCUCAUCCUGCAGCUCCUCAAGGAAGAGUCCGUCUUUGAAAAGAUUAAAGGUCAAAAGGUGGAGAUAACUGUGGAAGUUAGGAUUCCGGAAGGCCAAUAUGAGGAGAUGUCUAAAGAGAUGGACAGAAAGAAACAAGACGCUCGUAAACUUGUGGAGACUCUCUUGAUCAAUUCACGCAAUGAAGAGGUCGUGCAACGCCAGUCUGUUAAAGGGCUGAAAGACGUAGCAGCGGAGGUGGCUUCUCUUUGAAAAAACCUUAACAGAGCCAUGGUUGGAGGGGCUGCCCUUGGUACCGCUGCUUUGCUGGCUGCUCCCUUUACGAUGGGAGCAUCAUUCGGACUUGGUGCAGCUACUGUCGUAGCGCUUAUUGCUGCGUUUGUGUUAGCAAU